AGACACACAGCGCAGCCAACGAACGGCAGGGCAGCCUUCCCCGAACGCAUAGCACCGCUCUGGGCACACUCAGCAUGGCAGAGCCUUCGCUGCCCCUCUCCUUCCUCUGUCUCCUGGCUUUGUCCUCCGCCUGCUACAUCCAGAACUGCCCCCGGGGUGGCAAGAGGGCCCUGGGUGAUACAGCCCUGCGGCAGUGCCUGCCCUGUGGACCUGGGAACAGGGGUCGCUGCUUCGGGCCCGGGAUCUGCUGCGGUGCGGAGCUGGGCUGCUACCUGGGCACGGCAGAGACGCGGCGCUGUGCUGAGGAGGACUACAUGCCUUCACCCUGCCAGGCUGGUGGGCAGCCCUGCGGCUCCGACGGGCGCUGCGCUGCCAAUGGUGUCUGCUGCAGUGCUGACACAUGUGCCAUGGACGCCGUGUGCCUGGAGGAGGGCAGUGAGCAGGCAGAAGAGGCAGCGGAGAAGAACCUGACGGUGCUGGAUGGCGCAGCUGGGGACCUACUGCUGCGGCUGAUGCACCUGGCCAACAGGCAGCAGCAGGGCAAGCAGCCUGGCCUCUGAGCAGCCGGGACAUCAGCAGGCCCCGUUGUAAAUAGCAGAUCUAAUAAAGUCCUCUUGCACUGUG